UCUGCAUGUCAUCAAACAAUGAAAGCAGUGGUUGGAUUUAUGGUGAUUCUCCUGGGGGUGUCUCAUGGUGUGGAAACUCACUGUGAUGGCAGACAGGAUGGAGCUCAGUGUUAUGGAGCUUUGGGAGGAACUGUGGACAUCCAGCUGAUGGACAGCACCUCAGAAAUACCUAGAUACCAACUGUUAAAGAAUUUGUUAAAAAUACUAGAUGUGAGAGAGAAAAUGAUUCUCUCUAAUACCAUAAAACAUAGAUCUGUCUUUUUUCCUAGUAAUGGAACAUUUAGGAUCAAUAACCUGAGCAGGACAGACAGUGGUAAAUAUACCUUUCAAACCUUUGAUUCAGAUGGAACAUCAUCAGGCGAGCGGAUUUUGCAGUUGUUUUUUCAAGCUCCUGUGUUCUCUGUCCUGCUGGUCUCUGAGUGUCUGUCCCAGGGAGAGAUGAGGGUGUCCUGCUCCUCUGAGGGAGGGGACAGUCCUCAGUACAGCUGGACUCUGGAUGGACGCACACUGACAGAUGCUGAGCUCCUUCCUGGAAAUAUUAAGACUAACAUCAUCACUCUGAAACAGCACGUCUCAGGACAUCUGGUCUGCUCAGUCAAAAACCUUGUUAGUAAAGUCUCCAAAGAACAGAGGAUAUCUAUCUGUGGCUUCAUUUUCAUCAACUGCACUUCAGUCAAUGGGACACAAGUAUCAGGGUGGGUGUAUGAAGCCAAUAACACCCUGUGCAUUGAACCAACAAGUGAACCUACCACAACCACACAAACUGCAAUGGGACAUUUGCCACUGAUCAGCGGUGUUCUGUCAACACUUAUAAUUUUCUUAGUUGUAGUUGGAACAGCAAUCUGUGCUCAACGGAAAAAGCAAAACAGCAAAGCAAAAGCCACCCCUCCUUCUUGCUACUCUGCAGAGGAAGAAAAUGACCAGGAAGAAAUCUUUGCUGAUCUCAGGGUCGUGAAACAGCAGGCGAAACAACUGGAGAAAAGAGCGGAGCUAGAGUUUGGCCAAGUCAAGUAUUCAAAGCGUCCUUGGCAGACUGAACCAACAGGAGAUGAUUGUUUGUAUGUUAACGUCCAUAAAUUCAGGUGAUUUAAGUGUUCAGUGCUUCUACACAGACUGCAUCACUGAAGAUCCAUGGAGAGAAGAGCUGAUGUUAAAAUGCCUGAAGGUCUUUUAUUUAAUGUGAUUUCCCACCAGAAAAAUGUAAAAAGCUAAUACUUACUGAUUUAUUUUACUUUCAUCUGUAUUAUACCAAAGGGAUACACAUGUAUUCUUUUAUGAUCUCUUGAUUUACA